AUGCCUCCCGUAGGUAUUGCCAAUGUCGGCGGCAAGGAGUAUGCCGGAGUAGUCAACAGGUAUGUUAUCCAGACAUGCAUCAUCGCCGCCAUGGGAGGGCUGAUAUUCGGCUACGACAUCGGAAUCUCCGGUGGCGUAACGUCCAUGGACUCGUUCCUGAGCAAGUUCUUUCCUUCUGUGUACCGUAAAAAGGCGCUGGACAAGUCGACCAACCAAUAUUGUCAGUAUGACAGUCAGGUGCUGACCAUGUUCACCUCUUCCUUGUACUUGGCUGCUCUCAUUGCCUCGGUUGUCGCAGCCUUCGUGACUCGGAAGUUUGGCCGGAAGCUGUCCAUGUUCUUCGGUGGUGUUCUCUUUUGCGUCGGCGCCGCCAUCAAUGCAGCUGCAAUGGGUGUGUGGAUGUUGAUUCUUGGCCGGAUACUCCUCGGUUUCGGUAUCGGAUUCUCCAAUCAGUCUGUGCCGCUCUACUUGUCAGAGAUGGCGCCAUCCAAGUACAGAGGACGUCUCAACAUUAUGUUCCAGCUUUCUAUCACAAUUGGUAUCCUUUUCGCCAAUUUGGUCAAUAACUUCUUUGCCAAGAUAGAUGGCGGUUGGGGAUGGCGGUUGAGUCUAGGAGGUGCAAUGGUCCCUGCCCUUAUCAUCACCAUUGGUUCCCUCAUAUUGCCAGACACACCAAACUCUAUGAUCGAGCGCGGCCAGCGCGACGAGGCCGAGAACCAGCUCAGGAGGAUUCGCGGCGUUGAUGAUGUCAGGGAGGAGUUCAGCGACCUUAUUUUAGCUAGUGAUGAGUCCAAGAAGAUAGAGAACCCAUUGAGGAAUCUGCGCCAGAGGAAGUACAGGCCUCAACUUUGCAUGGCAAUUCUGAUCCCAUUCUUUCAGCAGUUCACCGGUAUCAAUGUGAUCAUGUUCUAUGCUCCUGUGUUGUUCAACACAAUUGGUUUCGGAAGUGAUGCUUCUCUCAUAUCGGCUGUGAUCACCGGAACUGUUAAUGUUAUUGCAACAGGUGUUUCCAUGUAUGGUGUCGAUAAGUGGGGAAGGAGGAUGCUCUUCCUUGAGGGCGGGACUCAAAUGUUGAUAUGUCAGAUAGUUGUGGCGGUAUGCAUUGGUGCAAAAUUUGGAUUGGAUGGAAACGCUGGUAACUUGCCAGCUUGGUAUGCUACUGCUGUGGUAACUUUCAUAUGCACAUAUGUAGCAGCGUUUGCUUGGUCCUGGGGUCCUCUAGGGUGGCUAGUCCCUAGUGAAAUCUUCCCUUUGGAAAUCAGAUCAGCUGCUCAGAGUAUCAAUGUAUCAGUCAACAUGAUCUUCACCUUCGUUGUGGCUCAAGUCUUCUUGACAAUGUUGUGCCACUUGAAAUUCGGGCUCUUCUUCUUCUUCGCCUUCUUCGUGUGUGUCAUGUCCGCUUUUGUGUACUUUUUCUUGCCCGAGACAAAGGGGAUCCCGAUUGAAGAGAUGAGCAGGGUGUGGAAGCAGCAUUGGUACUGGAAGAGAUUUGUUACCGAUGCAGAUUACCCCAAUGAUGGUUAUGAGAUGACAAAAGGUGGCAAAGUACCGAGGAAUUGUAGAUCUGAUAUCAACUGUCACGGGCCCUUAGUACGCAGCGGAAUUUUACUCAACUCUUUUGUUCUUGCAACAAUAUACGAGGCUCCGUGA